UCCAGGCCUAGGAUGGAGGCUCAAGGGACAGACAGACUGCCAGAGGGGCCCAGUCUAAUGGGGGAGGUAGCCAUUGACAUAUAGUUGUAAUGGGUCAAGUACUGUCACAGGAAAUUCUUGGAGACCUCUGAGAACAUAGAUGGGGGACAGAGGGAGUAGGUGAACAGCCCUAAGAGGGGUCAGAGUCUAAGAAGACUGCAAUCAGGAGAUGGGGUUAGAUCUUGAUGGGAAGUAGAAGCCAGUGGGAACAGAGGUGUGGAGGGAGCUUGGGCAGCACAAUAAUCCCAUGGGGACUAGCUGGAGCUGUAAACAGACAAGGCCAGGGGAGGCCAACUUCCUCCAUGGGCCUGAGGUGGUCUCUAGGCAGCUCUGGGGACAUUGAGUUCCUGUAAACACCCAGGAUAAUGCAGAGAACAUUGCACCUCUUUGGAGUGGCCGUGAGAGGGCAGCAGUUGCCAAGGUCUGGGCUGCCCCUAGCUUCCAGGUCAAGGAGGGCGGGGUUGGGAGGCUGGCCAGAGCCCUGCCCUACAGGGGCCUGGCCGCUGGCUGGCUGGCUGGCUAGCUGGCUGGAGAGACGAUGCAGAAUUCUGGCCUGGCCUCCAAUGGCUCUUUUUGCUGUUCCUUCCUGUUGUUUGUGGUCAUUGGUCCUGUCUGCCCCCUUCACGGAGUCUCCCCUGUCCUGAGACCCAGGCUUUUUGCCAGAGCUCGCUCUACUCCAUCCCCUCCUCUAAUCCCUGGGGCAGUCAGUGCUGGCUUUGCCCUCUCUUGCUCCUGCUCCUAGGUACUGGUCUCACUGCGGUGUCCCAGGGCUGCUCCCCUUGCCCACCCCAUGCCUGUUCUUCCUUCCCACUUUUGAUUAAGCAAAGAGGUGGGUGGGAAGAAGGGAAAUGGUGUGGUAACCCGGAGUGACCUGAGGAGUGUGGAUUAACUCUUGGUGUGGGGAUUAUCCAGGUUUUAUUUGGGGAAGGCACUUAAUCGGUCGGGGUGGUUUAGCUCCUCACGUAUUGGUGUUCAAUGACUUCCUAUGUAGGCAUUCCCUUGCAUCAUGGUGUUGCCUCAUUUCUUCAUUUCUUCAUUCAGAAAGUCUGUUGAGCAUCUAUCGGGUACCAGGCGUGUUUCCAAAUACUCAGAAUGCAGUCUAGGAAUGGCUAGCACCUAGAAUGUGACUCCCCAGCAGGUGCUGCUCUAAGCCCCUAACACAUUCACUUGAUCUUCAUGACAAUCUCCUGAGGUAGGUACUAUUAUUAUGACAUCCAUUUUACAAAUAGGAAAACAAGGCACUGAGAGGGCAAGUGAUUUGCCUGAGGUUACACAGCUAAUAAGUGGCAGAAUUAGGCUUUGAACCAGGCAGUCUGGCUCCAGAGUCAGUCCGCUUAACCACUGUGCAGGACUAAAGUAAAUGAGGCAAGAAGAAGGAGGUAAGUGUGUAGCAAACAUGUAGCUGUGUGUGUAGUUGUGUGCCUGUCCUUGUGCUGGCCAUUUUAUAGGGAUGAUCUCCUUGAAUCCUCCUGACGAGCCUGAAGGGAGGGGUUAGAUCCAUUUCACAGAUGAAAAAACAGAGACUUGGAGAAGUGAAGCAACUUGUCCCCAGUCAUGGCUGCCUGUGGGUGGUGUCCCUGUUUCCUGAGGCACGCUUGCCCAGAAGUUGCUGUGGUAGACGUGGAAUGGCAGGAUCCACACUCCCGAACUGGGGGAAGCAAACAGGAAUGUGUGGUGAACCGGCAAAUGACACAAAAACUCCGAGGAAGGGGAAGGCCUGAAGUUAAAGGGUGUUGAGGGAGCUUUCAUGAGAGCUGGAGCUUCACCUGCCCUCAUUCCUAGAAUGCGCUUUGAGUGGGGAGCAGGGUCUUUUGGGCCCCUAGGCUGAAAUGGUGACACUUUCUCAGGCCCAAGAUCUCCACCUCCACCCCCCUCCCCGCCAGCCUCUUUGCUAGCCUGGCUGCUCUGCAGCUCCUGCCUUUUCUGACUCCAGAGCACUCAAGUUCAUCUGUGCAUCCACAUCAGCCUCCAGGCCUUUGCUCCAGCUGUAUGACUCUCCUGCCAUCUGAACAGUCUUUCUUUCCUGGCCCCCCAUAGCCUUCCUUAGAGACCUGCUUUCUCCCAGAAGCCUUCCCUGACUUGCCAACUCCUCUUCAAGCUACUAAAGCUCCUGAUCUCUGGCUGGCUCACCAGUCUUGGGCUCACAGUGGGCUGCGUGGGUGUGCCAGUCCCCAGCUGGCCUCCCUUAAACCUGAUUUGCUUUGUAAUCCCCACCUCAUCCAACCGGACUGCCUCAUACCUCCAUGCUGUUCCCCCUGACAUGAUCUUCCCCCUCUACUCAACUCUCUGUCCUCCUCCUAUGUGCCCUGUGAACCUCACUCAGACACCACCUAUCCCAGGAAGCCCUCUGUGAGCACGCCCCCCUGCCUCCUUAGAGUUGAUUGGCCAUCCAGACCACACCAUAGCUAUUCUUACACGAACCUCUCUGUUUUUGCCUUGAGCACAUCCUAUUUUCUCCCCCAAUUCAUUGUGACUUCAUAAAGAACAGACUUGCAACUUAUUCACUUUUGUAUCCAGCCUGGAAUAAGUGGUGGUUAAGCCAAAGUGAAAUGUCGUCGUAUGUGUGUGGCUCAGUGAAGGCCCACUUAUUCUCUGACUUGUGAGCUCCAGCAUCACUUCCUCCGUGAAGCUUCCCCCCACUUCCCCAGGGUGGGACUAAGAGCACCUCGUACUCAUUUGUUAAUAUGCCGACUCCAACAGUCACCCCACAGUGCCCAGCACAGGGCCUGACAUGUAAGAGGCCCCAGUGAAUGUUUGCUGGUAAAAGAACAAAGGCACUAAGGUGCUGGAGGAGGAAACCGGCGGAGCAGCUUCCCCACUCUCAGUUGCGCGUCUGGCGAUGGCGAUGAGAGGUCUUGCUGCGCUGUCCGCCGCGCUCUCCCUCCAUUAGCCGCGCUGCGCCGUGCUGCGCCCUCUCUGGUGCCUCUCUCCUGGGACCCGGGAUCGGGCCCCCCUUCCAGGCACGACCCCCUCCCCCGGCCCUUCGGCCUUUCCCCUGACUCGGCCGUUUCCGACCCGGGGCGCACGUUCCCCCCGGCCCGGCUCCCACUCUCCCUCCGGGGGCACCCGCUCCCUAGCCCCGGCCCGGCCCUCCCCGCGGCGCAGCACGGAGUCUCGGCGUCCCAUGGCGCAACCCACGGCCUCGGCCCAGAAGCUGGUGCGGCCAAUCCGCGCCGUGUGCCGCAUCCUGCAAAUCCCGGAAUCCGACCCCUCUAACCUGCGGCCCUAGAGCGCCCCCGCCGCCCCGGGGGAAAGAGAACGCGAGCGCGCUGAGCAGAGAGCGGGAGAACGCGUCCUCGCUCGCCAGCCGGGAGGCCCCGGAGCCGGCCCAUGGGGAGCGGGCGCCCGGCGCCGGCCACGACGACCGCCGCCGCCGCCCGCGCCGCGCCCGGCCUGCGAAGCCCAGGUAAGGGCCGAGAGGGGGCGCCAGGGGCGGGCCUUCAGGGGAUACUCGUAGCGGGGCAUUUCUGAGGCAA